AUGGACGGCCUCGACGAAUUCGAAAAGGCUCUCGCAGCAGAGAAGGGCGAGAAGGACCGCAUCGAGCGCGAAAAAGAAGAACGGCGACAGAGGAAGAAGCAGCGCAGUCACCAUCACCAUCAUCGCGAUCGAUCUUCUGACAGACAUCGAGAACGCGAUCGGGAAUCACACCGCAGUCGAGAUGGCGACCGCGACCGCGACCGAGAUCACGACAGCCACCGCCAUCACAGAUCUCGCCGUCAUGAAGAAGACGGCGAGGAUGGUCACAGACAUAAACGUUCUCGUCAUGAAAAGGACGAUGAGGAGCGGCGAUCGAGGCACAGGCACAGAGAAAGAGACGACGAACGGCGGACGGAUACCCACGAGAAAACAUCAGAUCCAAAAGAGGACUUGCCGAUUCCGGACGAAGAAACACCACAGAACUCCAAGGAUGCCGAGGCACCGCUGAUGCGCGAUUCUUGGAUGACUGCACCGUCGGCCCUCGACAUUGACUACGUCCAGCGGAAACAGAAGGAGGUUAAGCCACCACCAAAGGAAGAGCCGCCGAGAGUUAUCCACGACAGGGAGAUCAACAGAGACUUUGCUGAAGUAGACAAUGUUCCGACCUCGGAUGAGCAGCUUGCGACAAAAGAGCGGACAGUCAACUACACAUUUGGAGACAACGGCUCUCAGUGGCGCCUGACGAAACUCAAGGGUGUCUACUCUAUGGCUGAAGAAUCAGGCCGUUCGGUUGAAGAUGUUGCACUUGAGAGAUUUGGCGAUUUGCAAGAAUUCGACGACGCGAGAGAAGAAAAGAUCGAAAUGGACAGGCGGAAGGCGUAUGGAAGUGGUUACGUAGGCAAGGAGAAGCCUACGGGAGACCUAUAUCGCGAGCGCGUGGAGAAACAUCAACAAAAGGAGGCACCCGCAGCACAAGAUGAUACCCACGAUGUGGAACAAGGCGUUAUCAUCCCCGAUAAUGCCAUGCAGCAUACCCCCAUGGACCAGACCGCCUUGAACCGGCUGCGAGCUCAGAUGAUGAAGGCCAAGCUCCGCAGAGCACCGGAUGCUGCCAAGUUGGAAACCGAGUACAACCAGGCCGCAGCGAACUUUGCCACGAAUGGGCCGCAGUCUGUUGUCCUUGGUGUCAUGGAUAACCGAAUGCUGGCAGGCACUCGUGCAGAGGUCAAGGCCAUCGACAACAAGCGUGGGCGGGAGCGCGGGAACGUGGAGGCCAACGACGAAAUGUCCAUCGAAGACAUGGUCCGCGAGGAGCGCAGGACGCGCGGUCAAGCUGGCGGCGAAGGCAUGCGGCUCGCCGAGCGCAUUGCCAAGGACGGCAAGUUUGACGACAAUCUCGAUUACAUGGACGAGAAUGCGGACAAGCUUGCCAAGCGAGUUCACAAGUCCGAGGUCAACCUCAAGAAUGUGGCUGUCAACGAGUAUCAGAAGGUGUCGCGGAUAUUGGACAAUUGCCCCUUAUGCCAUCACGAGGACAAAGGACAGCCUCCUCUGGCACCGGUCAUCUCUCUUGCCACGCGCGUUUUCCUGACGCUGCCUACGGAACCUGAGGUCAGCGAAGGCGGCGCUGUCAUAACACCCAUGGCGCACCGCAAGAACCUAUUGGAGUGUGACGACGACGAGUGGGAAGAGAUUCGAAACUUUAUGAAGUCUCUGACGAGAAUGUACCAUGAAAAGGGCCAAGAAGUCAUUUUCUACGAGAACGCGGCCACGCCGCAGAGGCAUCUUCACGCGGCCAUGAUGGCCGUGCCGAUUCCGUACGAAGAGGGCGCCACGGCUCCGGCCUACUUUAAAGAGGCCUUCCUCACCACCGAAGACGAGUGGUCGCAGCACCGGAAAAUCAUUGACACGGCCGCCAAGGCGCGAGAUGGCAUGGGCAGGAUGGCGUUCCGGAGGAGCAUCGCAAAGGAGAUGCCUUAUUUCCACGUCUGGUUUACGCUCGACGGCGGCCUCGGGCACAUUGUCGAGAACUCUGACCGCUGGCCGAGAGGGGACCUGUUUGCAAGGGAGAUAAUCGGGGGCAUCCUGGACGUCGGGCCGGACGUGAUCAAGAAACAGGGACGGUGGAACAAGGGCGACCGGAGAGUCGAGGCUUUCAACAAGAAAUGGAGGAAGUUCGACUGGACCCGCGUCCUAGCCGAUGGUUAA